AUGGGAUGUGCAACAGGUAUUAUCACCAAUGAUGUUGAGAUACCUUUGUAUACCUGGGUGAUUGAGAAGCCGGCCACGCUUGCACAAAGGCAAGAUAACCAUCUUAACAAAACAGCGCAUGGAAAAGACACAAUAGCACCACCUACCAAGAUGCUAC